UAUGUAUCAGCAUGUUAUAUUUCGACUGUGGCCUUCCUUCAUGUGCGCUGAGCAGCUGGCCAGAUGUGGCACGCGGAGCUGCUGUCGCUGACCUCGGUGCUGAAACACGACGUCAGAUGAACCUGCGCGCACCACAGGAGACACGAGCCAGCAUCACUCCCUCUUUGAUUUAUUGAAGCUAUACUCCAAACACACACACACUUCUGCUUUAACUUUGAGCUUUUUUUAUUUAUUUAACCCAUUCAUUCUCUCUCUCUCUCUCUCUCUUUUUUCUUUUCUUUUAUUCCGGACAACACAUCAUCCACUCCUUUUUCUCUCCGUCGUGAUGAUGAUGGCACUCUGCGCGGCUGCUGUGCGCCAGCAGGCUGGAGGAGAUGAAGAUGGGCUGCUGCUGCUGCUGCUGGAUGAAUGAAGGCGCACACAUCGUUUGAUUCCUCCUCUUUAUUUAUUUUUUUGCGCUCUCGUUGUGAAAAUUUAGACGCGCCUUUUUUGGGAUAGUCGCCUCCCUGGUGGACUCAGAUUCAGCGCAACUUGGUGUGUUGUUUUCCUUUGCAGCCGCUGCAGUCGGCAACAUGACGAAUAAGCAGUAGAAAUACUAGUGAGAAAUAGGCCUAUAAUAGAAACUGGAUAUGGAGUCUGUGAAGGUGGGGGUGAAGGAAUUUGCAGGGAAGACCCUGGCUCAUAUGUACAGGGUGCUCGAGAGGAAGCAGAAGAGCGGAGAUGUGAUGGAGCUGACGGAGGACGGUCGGCCUCGAGAGGCCGCGCAGAAGAAGCCGCCUCUCUGUGACUGCUACUGCUUCGGGUUGCCACGGCGCUACAUCAUCGCCAUCAUGAGCGGCCUGGGCUUCUGCAUCUCCUUCGGGAUCCGGUGUAACUUGGGCGUGGCCAUAGUGGGCAUGGUCAACAACAGCACCAUCCACGAGAACGGCAAGAUCAUCAUCAAAGAGAAAGCUAAAUUCAACUGGGAUCCAGAGACGGUGGGGCUGAUCCACGGGUCUUUCUUCUGGGGCUACAUCGUUACGCAAAUCCCUGGAGGAUACAUCUCCUCCAGACUGGCAGCGAACAGGGUAUUUGGUGCAGCCAUUGUGCUGACUUCGAUUUUCAACAUGUUCAUCCCCUCUGCUGCCCGAGUCCACUAUGGGUGUGUCAUCUUUGUGAGGAUAUUACAAGGAUUGGUGGAGGGAGUGACCUACCCGGCAUGUCAUGGCAUCUGGAGUAAGUGGGCUCCUCCGCUGGAGAGGAGUCGUCUGGCCACCCUCUCAUUCUGUGGCUCUUAUGCUGGUGCUGUGAUAGCGAUGCCUCUGGCUGGGAUCCUGGUUCAGUACUCAGGCUGGUCCUCCGUGUUCUACGUCUAUGGAGUCUUCGGCAUCUUCUGGUACAUGUUCUGGAUCCUUGUGUCUUAUGAGAGCCCUGCUGAACAUCCUACCAUCACUGAUGAGGAACGCUGUUACAUCGAGGAGAGCAUUGGAGAGAGCGCCAGGCUAUCGGGUCCUGCCGAGAAAUUCAAGACCCCCUGGAAGAAGUUCUUCACCUCGAUGCCCGUCUAUGCAAUCAUCGUGGCCAACUUCUGCAGGAGCUGGACGUUCUACCUGCUGCUGAUCAGCCAGCCUGCAUACUUUGAGGAAGUCUUUGGCUUUGAGAUAAGCAAGGUCGGCAUGCUGUCCGCCCUGCCACAUUUGGUGAUGACCAUCAUCGUGCCCAUCGGCGGCCAGCUGGCCGACUACCUGCGCAGCAGGAACAUCCUGACGACCACCACUGUCAGGAAAAUCAUGAACUGUGGAGGAUUUGGCAUGGAGGCCACAUUGCUGCUGGUGGUGGGAUAUUCCCACAGCAAAGGGAUGGCCAUCUCCUUCCUGGUGCUGGCAGUGGGCUUCAGUGGAUUUGCUAUAUCAGGCUUUAAUGUCAAUCAUCUGGACAUCGCUCCACGCUACGCCAGUAUCCUAAUGGGCAUCUCUAAUGGUGUGGGGACCCUGUCUGGGAUGGUGUGCCCGAUAAUUGUUGGUACUAUGACAAAGAACAAGACUCGAGAGGAGUGGCAGUCUGUGUUCCUGAUCGCCUCCAUGGUGCAUUAUGGGGGCGUGAUCUUCUAUGGAAUCUUUGCGUCGGGAGAGAAACAGCCGUGGGCCGACCCAGAACUGACCAGCGAGGAGAAGUGCGGCUUUAUAGACGAGGACGAGCUGGCAGAAGAGACGGGCGACAUCACUCAAGGUUACGGUGCCCUUGGGGGUACGGCUAAGUCGUACGGCGCGACCACGCAGGUGAACGGCGGCUGGGCGUCAGGCUGGGAGAAGACAGAGGAGUACGUCCAGGAAGAAGCACAGGUCGGAGGCUACGGAUACAGGAAGGAUGAGGGAUACUCCUAGACCAAACACACAUUCACUGACACAUGAGUAGACUUGAGUGUGCAUCAGUUUAGUCAUAAAAAAUAUCGACAAACGAGAAACAAGAAAAACUACAAUCCAUUGUUGUAUUGUUUGCACAAAUUCAAAAAAGAGAAAAUCAAAAAAGAAUCAACUUAAUGUAAAAAUUAAAGAUAUUGGAUUAAUAGAGGUGUAACACAUAUCAAAUUGGCAGUCUGUAAAUGUAUUAUUAUGCAUAUUGAUAAUAGAUAUAUUCGUUUGGAGUGCAAUCGUAUGUACAGGUGAACAUUUUUAUCCCAUCAGCCGAGGCUUCCUGACCACACUGAAGCCCGUAGGGUUAAAUCAGAGCCGAGCCCUUAUUUAUCAAAUUAACUGUUACAGUACGACGUCCUACAAGCCAGCCAUUACAGUGUAUAGAUACGUCACUGCACAGCAUCGUAGACAGAAACUAGACACUCUGUUGAUAUAGAUUGUACUGUAUCUCUCCUGAAUGCACUCAGAGUAGUGUGUCCUUUUAAUGCACAAUAUGAUGAUUUUUGUUUCCUUAUCGCUGGCUUCUGUGUGUGUGUAAAAGUCCUCAACAUGUAGGUGACCUGAGAUUUGAGUGGCACUGUUUGGUUACUUGCAUAUAAGGUAAAAAAAGAAAAUGUCUGUCUAAUGUUUGCUACAUGUGAUUCAUUUUGUAACUCAGUACCUCUUGCAUUUGAUUUCUAGCGUUAUCAACCCGUCACAUCUCAGCAGUGUAGUGCAGGAGUAAAGCCAUCCUCAUCAUUAUACUAUUACUGUCAAAAGUCAGCCGAUUGGACUGUUAUCAAGCCAUUAAACAGGCAUUAUCUGUCAAUAUAAGCACCAUAGAUGUGGAUCAGUAAGAGCCUACAACACUCAAUAGUAGGUUUUAUCAUCUAUUAACAACAGUAGAUCACCGAAAGAAGGUAUAAAAAAACACCUAGCGACUGUAGUAAUUAUGACAGGAGUAGUAGCAGAAGUCAGAUGCUGUAGUAUAGGCAGCAUGAAACUCCAUAUCCUGUGUGAAACCAACAACAUGUAGCUGUCUUUGUGCUCACAAGCACUGAGUUUAACCUUCACUUUUGCAAAGUAAUUAUUUUAAGCCAAAUCACAAUGUUUUUCCCUUAACUUAACUAAGUGUUUUUGUUGCCUAAACCUAACCUUUUCUCUGUGUUCAAAAUGUAAAGUCUCAUGUAGUUUUAAAUGUUAGAACAUGUUGCUUUUAAAUUUGGCUUUCACUUUUACAUCGUAGUAGACGUAGUAUACAUAAUAGGCCCCUACUGACCCACAUGUAUGGUGCUUAUAGCGACUGAUAACGCUUACUUAAUGGCCUGAUGACAGUUGAAUUGGGUGCACCAGUCUAGUUGUACUAAUGCAUUGUUGAAAGAUUUGUCUUAACUAAAAUAUAUAGUACUAAAAUAUAUAAAUAUACAGAGAUAACUAGAGAAUCAAGAUGUAGAUGUUGGUCAAUAGGGGCCUACUACACCCACUAGUAGGUUUUAUUAUCUACUCACAUGGUGGAUCACCGAAAGAAGGUAUAACAGAAGACAACAGCGACCUCUAUUGACCAUAGUAAUUAUGACAGGAGAAUAAGCGGAAGUGAGGCGCUGUAGUAGACAGCGUGAUACUCCAUAUGGAGUGGAGGUCGGGGGCGACAUAUGGGACACAAAACACAGGGCUUUCACCCAGGAGAUCAGGAUUUGCAUCCCAUGUGAUGCCAACAACGUGUCGUUGUCUUUGCGUUAAGUUUUACUUUCACUUUUGAAACGCAGUUGUUUUGAGCCAAAACACAUGUUUUUCCAUAAACUUAAGUGGUUUUAUUGCCUAAACCUAAAUAGAUUGUUUUCAUUGUGUUGAAAACGUAACAUUUCAUGCAGUUUUACAACAUGUAAGAACGUGUUGCUUUUCAGUUUCGCUUUCACUUUUACAACGUUGUAGGCGUAGUAGUAGUUCCCUACUGACCCACAUGUACAGCGACCAAUAAUGCCUAUUUAAUGGCCUUAUAACAGUCGAAUCGGGUGCAAAAGUCUAGUUGUACCAAUGCAUUGUUGAAAUAUGUGUCUAAACAAAAACAUUUAUGACAGAGAUAACUAGAGAGUAAAGAUGUAUAAGAGUUUAUAGAUUAAAUUUAGACCAAGAGGUUCACGAUCAUACACAACCUUAUUUAAGAAGGGUUUGUGCAAUUCAAAGACUUUGGUAAAGUACAGAAGAUUAGCCAAAAUCAGUAUGAGAGUCUUACUAUAUUAAAAUAAUGUGAAAGAUAUUUACAUGAUCAAAUGGAUAAAAGAGUAAUUUUAAAGUUAAAGCCCUGAAAACUAAGUAUUCCUCUAUAAAAUUGUACAUUCAUGAAAAAAAGCUACAAUCAAAGUUUUAAAAAAAGAAAUAUAUCAUGUGAAGUAAUCAAUACUGUUGUUCAUGUAUGAUUACAUUAUUUAAAGUGAGAAGCCGAUGAGAAAAUAUGAUUUCGGGGUUUUUAAAACUAAAGGGAGAAGAGUUUGAAAUGUCAAAAUGACAUUAUAUAAGUUGAACAUUCCCAAACAAGUAUUUGAGUGUUUACAUGAAUAUAUACUUGUUUACAUAAAUAUAUACUUGUUUACAUGAAUCUAUACAGUUAUAGAGACGAUACAGCAGGAGGGGCGAUCACAAAUGAAUGCAAUUUGGACAAACUGCCAUUUGUCCAUUUCCAUUAGAGAAUGGAAGUGAGAUGACACAGUUUAUGAGUUGAUGUAUAAUGUAGUGAUCUGUCUUUAUGGGAGUCUGGUGAUGAAAAGUGUUUCAGUCUCCUGAAUAGAAAGAACAAGCAAACACACUCCUGAAUAUGUUUUGUCCUCAUUCUGCACUUACACUGACCAGGUCUGAAGGGGGCCAACUUUGUUUCAUUUGUCUGUGGAGACCUUAAGUCAGCACUUCACAAUAUAAAUGUGUGUGUGGAUGUGUAUUUAUGCAUGGAACAACGUGGAAUUUGUAGUAUGUCCUUUUUUACGUUUCUUUUUCUUUCCAACUUAUUUGUCUUUGUCUCAGAAACUGUUACUGAUGCUUCAAUUUCUUUGCACAAUCAACCAAAGGUGAAGAGCAGAGCUGGGUUUUAGCUGGAAGUCCAAUAUUUUUUAAAAGGGAGUACAGACCAUCAGCAGCAGCGAGGUUCCAGCGUAUAUAUACGGACCCGUGUGUGUGCAGGUGGCACCAAAACAUUACUCAGUGUACAAAGCAAUAAAUCCAUAGUAACAGUUCUGGUCAAAACAGUCAUGAACAGUCAUUAUGUAAACAUUUUUUUAUGCAUUUGUUUAACAGUCGUGUUUUUUGUGAUAACAAAUGUAAAAAAAAUAAACACUUGUAAAGAGAAAAAACAAAAAUAUAUGUAUAAAAAAUAUAGUAAUAGAGUCCAACACAAACGUCUUUGACAACAAGGAAGUGCAAGGAGUUUGUGACGGGGCUGCUCACCAGAUGAGAAUGAUACAAAGAGCUCCGUCUGAGAAGCGGAUGCUCUUCUUCUUCAUGUUCUGUUUUUGUUUUGGUGUGGUCCACAUGGACUGUGUGCUGUUGUUUCCUCCCCUCUCUCUCUCUUUCCUCACGUUUUUAGUUUGAUUAAUGUUCUCAAUCCAGUGGCUGGACCCCCGCUGCCCUACUUAACCACAUGUACCUCCUCCCUCCCCCCUGUUCAACCCUGAUUUCAUUGUCACAAUAUUCGUCGACAUUAAGGAUGAAACCUAAACAGGCAAUUCUACAUUUUCAAAAAUGACAAAUGUGCAACCUGAAGUAGUUAAAAGUUUCCUGUUUUUGUGCCUCUGAAGUUACAGUGUGAUUCUAUGGCUUCUGUUGCUGUGUAAAUUAUUGAGAGGUUUGUUUGUGUAGAAAUGAAAUACUCUAUAUCCUUUUUUGAUAAAAAAAAAUCAAACAAA